CAGCCCCGGGACCCCGCACCCAUGGGCGGCUGCCGGGCCCCGCCGCCGCCCGGGGGGGCUCCUCGCCGUCCUCGGCCCCCGGUACCGGGCAGCGCCGGCGGGACACAGCCCGGGGACUGAGGGAAACCCGGGAAGAGGCCACGGGAAGCUCGGGAAAUCCCGCGGGAUGGAGAACAAGGCCGUGGAUCUCUCCGAGUGGGAGAACGGAUCCGUGCUGGAGGAGCCCUUGGAGGGACGGAGCCUUUCCAAGCUGAACCUCUGCGAGGACGAUCCCGGCCGGAGGACGCGGCGCUGGGCGUGCCGCGGCCGGAUGGGCUCGGCGGCGGCGCUGAAAUAUUCCGUGGUGGGGCUUUACCUCCUGGUGCUCCUCAUCCUGGUGGGAAUCUUCAUCCUGGCAGCGUCCCGGCCCCGGGCGUCCCCCGAGGAGCUGAAGGCGCUGCUGGCCAACGUCCAGCGGCUCAACGAGACCCUCCGCGAGCUGCAGCUGCAGCCGCUGCAGCCGCUGCCCAGCGGCGACCUCCCGGAGCUCGUCUGGAGGCUGCAGGACCUGCUGCAGAACCACUCGGGCUCGCUGCUGCUGCUGUCGGGCUCGCUGCAGCGGCUGCAGGGGCUCCUGCGGGGCCUGCAGGGCCGGGCCGGCCAGGCGGAGCGCUCGCUGGCGCGGCUGCGGGACUCGCUGGGCCGGCAGAGCGACGCGGCCCAGCUGGAGCUGUCGCGGCUCUCCGUGGAGGCCAAUGGCAGCCGGCUGCUCCUGGAGCACCACCAGCACCUCCUGGGCCACCUGGGCGGGCGGCUGGAGGCCCUGGGCGAGCAGGUGGCCGUUCUCGGCGGGGCCGUGGAUUCCGUGAACCGCAGCUUCUCCUACGACGUCCGCCUGCAGCGUUCCCGGCUCCGGGACCUGCAGGGGCUCCUGGGCAACGCCAGCGAGGACGGGCGGAGGAUGCGGGCGGCGCACGCGGCCAUGGAGCGGCAGCUGAGGCUGGAGCUGGCCCUGCUCAACAACGUCACCGAGGAGCUGCGCCUGAAGGACUGGGAGCAUUCCGUGGCGCUCCGGAACAUCUCCGUCAUCCGGGGGCCACCAGGACCCAAAGGAGACCGAGGCACGGAAGGGAUGGAGGGAGAGCCCGGCCUUCCCGGCCUUCCCGGGCUCCGAGGGCUUCCCGGGGAGCGGGGACUGCCCGGCCCGCGCGGACUGAAGGGGGACCAGGGAGAGCUCGGCCCGCGCGGCCCCGCCGGAAUGCGCGGGUUCAAAGGCGAGCGCGGCCCCAAGGGGGACAAGGGGGACAAGGGGGACAGAGGAGCCGCCGGUGGCAGCGCCCCGGCCGAGGGCUCGGUGCGGCUGGUGAACGGCUCCGGGGCGCACGAGGGGCGCCUGGAGAUCUUCCACGAGCGCCGCUGGGGCUCGGUCUGCGACGACGGCUGGGACAGCCGCGACGGCGACGUGGCGUGCCGCAUGCUGGGCUUCCCCGGCGCCGCCGCCGUCUUCCGCAUGGCGCGCUUCGGGCAAGGCUCGGGGCAGAUCUGGAUGGACGACGUGUCGUGCGCGGGCAGCGAGGCCGCCCUGCAGCUCUGCCCCUUCUCGGGAUGGGGCCGCAGCAACUGCGGGCACGCCGAGGAUGCCGGCCUGCGCUGCCGGACAGACGGACACGCCGAGGCACCCACGGAGGGACUGACGGACACGCCGAGGGAUUGACGGACACGCCGAGGGACUGACGGACACGCUGAGGGACUGACGGACACGCCGAGGCACCCACGGAGGGACUGACGGAGGGACUGACGGACACGCCAAGGGACUGACGGAGGGACUGACGGAGGGACCGACGGACACGCCGAGGCACCCACGGAGGGACUGACGGACACGCCGAGGGACUGACGGAGGGACUGACGGACAUGCCGAGGGACUGACGGACACACCGAGGGACUGACGGACACACCGAGGGACUGACAGACAUGCCGAGGCACCGACGGAGGGGCUGACGGACACGCCGAGGGACUGACGGACACACUGGGGGACUGACAGAGGGACCAACGGACCCAUAGAGGGACAGACGGACACACUGAGGGACUGACGGACCCAUGGAGGGACAGACGGACACACUGAGGGACUGACAGAGGGACCGACGGACCCAUAGAGGGACUGACGGACCCACAGAGGGACAGAUGGACACACUGAGGGACUGACGGACCCAUGGAGGGACAGACGGACACACUGAGGGACUGACAGAGGGACCAACGGACCCAUAGAGGGACAGACGGACACACUGAGGGACUGACAGAGGGACCGACGGACACGCCGAGGGACUGACGGACUGAUGGACACACGGAGUGACUGAUGGACCCAUAUAGGGACAGACGGACACGGGGGGACAGACAGACCCCAUAGAGGGACAGACGGACCCAAACACACCCCAAAGGGACAGACGGACCCCAAACCCACCCCAUAGAGGGAAUGACUGACCCCAAACCCACCCCAAAGGGAAACCCCAAACCUAUCCUGAAGGGGAAAUCCCAAAUCCACCCCAAAGGGAAACCCCAAAUCCAUCCAGAAGGGGAAAUCCCAAACCCGCCCCAAAGGAGAAAUCCCAAACCCCCUCCAAAGGGAAACCCCAAAUCCAUCCCAAAGA